CGCCUUCUUUGAGAUCAGUGAACUGUCUAAAGUUCACCUUGUAAUGGACGCGCGCCCAGCCAACGAGCUUUUCAAGUCGAUGCGAUACUCUCCGCCGUGCAUUCGCGAUGCCUGACCAUUCCUCGAAGACGCGACGACCGUUUGCUCGAUGGAUGCCUCCGCCUUUUACUAUUUCUCUCUGCAUCCGCGCGACCGCGUCUUCUUCACCUUCAACUGAGGGAGACACGGCCGACUGUGGGUCAUGUGCCUGUCGCAACGAGAGUCCCAAUCGCCGGCGCGGGCGACAGCGUUCUUCCAAAGACUCUUGUAACCGGCUGGCUACAUGUCCUCGUCUAACGCCGACAACAUCGUCAUUACGCGAACCAGCGACCAGCCCCGGCUCUCUACGAGAGCAUUCGCCAAGUACUCGACCUCCUGGAGGACGCGAAAGUCACCCUGGAUCUCAAGUCGUCCGCUUGGUGUGGCAAGAAGCACAUCCGUGUGCUAGGCGCGCUUUGGUCCGCAGGCGAGCUUCGGCCGACCUACGAGAACAUCGCCGAUAUCUUCGCUCCCUCCACCCUGAGGGCACUAAAAAAGCUGCGCUCGCCAGCCGCGAUGGUGAAAUAUCUGUAGAUGCGUAUGCCUAGCUGCGGGCGUCGGCUUACACCUUUGUACCGUCACAUCGGACGCGUUAAAGGCGCACGCCUGAAAGCCGAUUUGUAGUAGACGUGGGAGGCGGUGCGAGCGGCUGUCACCGCGGCCUACCCGCC